UUUUUUGGUAACAAAAAUUUUUAUUCUCUGUCCCGAGAAUAAUAACUCUUGGCCAAUAAAACCACCGGCGAGAAUUAAAUUGUUAUUGUAAUUAAGUGUUAAAUAUCUACCAACAAAUUAAACGUUUAUUUUUUCCUGUUAAACAAAUUAAUUUAAACAAUAAAUUUGCAUGUUUUGUUGUUUAGAGAGCGGUGUCCGUUUUAAAUUUUUCAUAAUUUUUUUUUGUUGCAAAAAACGCACACACAAAGAAGAAAUAAUAAUUAUGACAUUUCGCAUACGUCAAGUUGAAAGUUUUCAUUUUUCAGCGGUGUCUUCAUUAAAAUAAAAGUCGCGUAAUUAUCCAAAUUAUUCAACAAAUAAUUAUAAAACAAUUGCGUAUAUGUCCUAAAAGAAUUGUCUCCAAAUACAUUUGCUGUUUACAUCAAAAUUCCUGUCAAACAACACACACACACUCAAACAAUCUAUAGUAUAAAAUAAGCAAUCCUACUUGGCUAAAAGCAAUUCAACAUAACAUGUAAAUUGUCCAUAUAUAUUCGACAGUCUUAUUUUUUCUGUCCAAUUCGUUUCGGACUUGGAAACAAAACAACAAAAAAAAAAAAACCUACCAAACUAGCCAUUAACCAUGCUCAAGGGCAAAGGUCAGAGGACCUUCGAGGAUGUGUGGCCUCACAUGCGUUGUAUUGUCCUCAAACUUCUUAAACAAGAAGCUGUCUCACAAGCCGAAUGGCAAGACCUAUUCUAUGGUGUUCAUUUGGUUUGUUUGUGGGAUGACAAAGGAGCUAGCAAAAUAUACGAUAGCCUAAAAAAUGAUAUUGUAGAAUUCAUUGAGCACGCUCAGAAAAAAGUCCAAAACCAAAGCGGUGAGCAGGCCUUACUCAAAUCCUACAUCAUUGAGUGGCGAAAAUUCUUUACUCAAAGCAGCUACCUGCCACUUCCUUUCCGUCAGUUGGAAAUAACUCUCCAAGGACGCUCUCUAUCCUCCACAAAUAACACGUCAACUAUCAAUCAAAAGAAAGCAAAUAGCGACGAGAGUGUGGUACGUAAACUAAUGUUAGAUUCUUGGAAUAAAAACAUAUUCAUUGACAUUAAAGACCAUCUCCAAGAAUCUGCCAUGAAAAUCGUUCAUGCCGAACGAAACGGCGAGGCAUACGAUUGUCAAUUGGUAAUUGGAGUUCGUGAAAGCUAUGUCAAUCUUUGUUCAAAUCCGGAAGAUAAAUUAGAAAUUUAUAGGGAACAUUUCGAAGCAGCCUACCUAAAAGCCACGAAUAGCUUUUAUAAUAUCAAAGCGAGUGAUCAGCAACAGACUAAUGGUGUUCAGGCUUUUAUGAAAUAUGCUGACGCUAAGAUUCGGGAAGAGGAAAUUAGAGCAAAGCGGUAUUUGGAAUCGAGCAGCUUUCAUGCUCUCUCCCAAUGCUGCAUAAAGGUUCUCAUUGGAGACCAUUUGAAUACAAUCCUAGCAGAGUGUUCAACUCUCAUUAAAACUCAUGAAAUUGAAAAACUAAAUCUAAUGUUCCGUCUGCUUGAUCGAGUUCAAAACGGAGUUGAACCAAUGCUCAGGGACUUAGAAAACCACAUAGUCACUGCUGGUCUAGCAGAUAUCCUAUCAGUUUCGGAUGUAAUCAUCCAAGAUUCGGAAAAAUAUGUCGAACGUUUAUUAGAGCUUUUUAAAAAGUUUAGUGCCUUGGCUAAAAAAGCGUUUAAUAACGAUCCACGAUUUCUAACCUCGCGCGAUAAAGCAUUUAAGACUGUGGUCAAUGAUAUAAGCGUAUUCAAACUUGAACUGCCAACUAAUGUUUGUAAUAGAGGCAUUAAACAUACAGCUCCAGAAAGUAAAUGCCCAGAACUCCUAGCAAAUUACUGCGAUAUGCUACUAAGACGGACACCGUUAAGUAAGCGUUUGACAACCGAACAAAUUGAUAGAAGAUUAAGAGAUGUCCUACUCGUUCUCAAAUAUGUUAAUAAUAAAGAUGUCUUUAUGAGAUACCACAAAGUUCAUUUAACACGAAGGCUUAUUUUGGGCACGAGUGCGGAUAGUGAAAAGGAAGAAGAUAUUGUUGAAUGGCUUCGUGAGGUUGGAAUGCCUGCAGACUAUGUCAAUAGAUUAGCGAGAAUGUUUCAAGAUAUUAAAGUUAGCGAGGAUCUCAACACUUUGUUUCGAAUGUCAACGACCCGGCAUGAUGCUAUUAAUAUUAAAAUUUUAAAUGCAGGUGCAUGGGCAAGGUGUUCAGAUCGUGUGUCGGUAAGUCUUCCAUUGGAGCUGGAAGAUUAUAUACCUGAUGUUGAAGAAUUUUAUAAGAAAAAACAUUCCGGUAGAAAAUUGCAAUGGUAUCAUCAUAUGAGCAAUGGAACUAUAACAUUUGUGAAUAAAGUCGGUAGAUAUGAUUUGGAUGUAACGACAUUUCAAAUGGCUGUAUUGUUUGCUUGGAAUCAUAGACCUGGCGAUAGAAUUACAUAUGAAAAUUUGAGAUUAGCAACAGAAUUACCAGAUCCUGAAUUAAGACGGACAUUAUGGUCUUUGGUAGCAUUUCCAAAGAUUAAAAAACAAGUAUUAUUUAUGGAUCCUGUGGUUAGUUCAUCUAAAGAUUAUACAGAAAAUACUUCCUUUUAUAUCAAUCAAGAGUUUUCGGUAGUGAAAAAUGGAAAACUACAACGAAGGGGUAAAAUGAAUUUGAUAGGACGUUUGCAAUUAAGUACAGAACGAUCACAACAAGAAGAUAAUCAUUCCAUUGUACAACUUAGAAUAUUGCGUACACAAGAAGCCAUUAUUAAGAUUAUGAAAAUGCGUAAACGAAUUAAGAAUGCAUCGUUGCAGGCGGAAUUAAUUGAUAUAUUGAAAAAUAUGUUUUUGCCGUCGAAGAAAAUGAUUAAAGAACAGCUGGAAUGGUUGAUAGAACAUAAGUAUAUGCGUCGUGAUGAUGAUGACAUUAAUACGUUUCUUUACAUGGCAUAAAUUUAUAGUAAUAAUAAUUGUUAAAAUUGUAUCUAAAAUAACAAUUGCAGUACUGUGUAAAGUGAUGAAGAAUUUUUGUGUUUGUAUUUAUAUUUUAUGCAUUAAAA